UUCCAACGACUUCAUGACUUUCCAGCCAUGACGCCAUGGAGCUGACCCAUUCCAACCCUCAGCUGGUGCCGCAAGAACGGGGCUUAGAGCUGCUGACGGGGACGCCCUUCCACCGAUUUCUGCGCGGAUUUCAAGAAGGUGUGUUCCAAGAGGAGGUUGAUGACUUUGUCAAAGAACACGCCAGCGAAUUUGCCGUUCUGUGCAUGGAUGGUUCCUAUCCCGUGCACUGGAACCAGCUACAUCAGGAAUACAAGGCCAUCCUUUGGUUUCAAGACAGUGACAAAGACCAGUUCCUGGAGAUGUGUCAUGCCAUGGUCCGCGCCUGUGACAGCUUGCCGGAGGAUGCAUUUCUUCCAGUGCCGCCCAGCGAAUUCUCAGGUAUGACGGUGGGAGCCUUUCAUCACUUCAUGUCCGCACUGACAGCCUCCGAAGAAUUUGAAGCUUUUCUGCAGGUCAUGUGUGCGGCUGCCACCGGGAUGCUGCAACCGACUGUCUUGUUGUCAGCGUCUACGGAAGUGCUGACGCCCUCAGGUUCCUCGGCGGGUGCGGGUGCCCUGGGUGCCCCCGCCCCGGUCUCCUGGCCCCGGCCAGCGCUUGAUCGUGAGCAGGGCUACCAGGCCGGUUCGACUUUCCCUGCGACCGUCUACCUCCCUACCUGAUGUACGAGACAGCCCGUCACAGCCCGCAGCCGCCGCGCUGCCUGCGGCUUGUCGACUCGGCCGACACCACCGAUUCAGCUGGAAAAGUCCUCGAGGACUCAGCAGAAUGCGGCGGUAGGACUCAGCAGCAUGCGGCGGUGAAAAAGAGGUGAUUGCAG